ACCAUCAGUCGAUUCUUUCCAUAACGAACACCAGGAUCUCCUAAAUCCUGAUAAGACUCUUGAAUAAAAAUACCACGACAUUUAGUCCUGUAAAUUGUUAUUCCGUGGAAAGUCGCGAAAGUGGAACAGUUCGCCAUUCAUUUCUCCAGUUUUCAAAAUGGAAGAAUUUUCAAUAUUUAAUCGGUAUUUAUUAAUAUUUAUACAAGUGAACAUGUGACAAUGAAGUAUUAAUCUCCAAUUUUAAUACGUCCUGACCAUCGGUGCUUUUUUUCGGGAAUUUUGGAUCUGCUCCUAAGUCCAGGAGAAGCAGUGGAACCCGGGAACGAAUUACGGCGCCAUAACGGACUGGAAGAGGCGGAAAGAUUCACCGAAAAUUGGGGACCAUUUGACAAAACAACGAAAUGAGUGUCCCACUCAGAAAAACGUCAUUUCAUCCCGGCGUGGUCGUCCUUCGACAACCUUCCAAGGCUCAGAGCAUAUAUUCCGACCCGCUGAUAACAGACGAGGCGAACAACAAUGAAAUCAUCGACAAUGCAGAGAUCGAGACGUCGAACAGGCGCUGGACGCCUCUUCAGGAAUUCUAUGCCGAUCAAAGCAUUUUUGUAACAGGUGCCACAGGAUUCCUAGGAAAAAUCUUGGUAGAAAAAUUACUGAGGAGCUGUCCGAACAUCUCCAAAAUUUACGUCCUAGUGAGACCAAAAAAAGGGAUGGACGUCCAAAGUCGUAUGGAGGCGAUAUUCAAUGACCCGAUGUACGAUCGACUCAAGGAGCAGAUGCCAAAAUUUCGUCACAAAAUAGUACCCAUCGCCGGUGAUUGCAGUGUCCCUGCCCUCGGGCUCUCUGCAUCCAACCGGGCCCUAUUGCUUCGUGAAGUGUCGAUAGUCUUCCACGUGGCCGCGACCGUUCGCUUCGACGAGAAGUUGAAAUUGGCCACUGCCAUCAACAUUCGCAGUACAGGUGACAUCCUCGACAUCUGCAAGUACAUGCCAAAGCUGAAGUCGCUCAUCCACGUGUCCACUGCAUACGCCAAUUGUCAUCUACAGGAGAUCGGUGAAAAAUUCUACAAUUAUCCUAUCAAAUACGACGGUGUAUGCAAAUUAACGGAAACCCUGCCGGAAAGCACAAUAGAUGAUAUCACACCCAGACUUCUGGGACAAUGGCCGAACACGUACGCGUUCACCAAAGCCAUUGCGGAGGACCUCAUCAAAGAAAAGAACAAGGGCCUUCCGAUGGGAAUGUUCCGGCCAGGAAUCGUCGUAUCCACAGCAGAAGAGCCAUUGAGUGGAUGGAUAGACAAUAUCUAUGGACCGACCGGAGUGGUAACGGGAGCAUCUACGGGAUUAUUAAGGACGUUACACUGUGACGCGGCCAAAAAUGCAAACAUCGUUCCUGUCGAUCUUACUGUAAAUGCUUUGAUAGCCAGCGCCUGGGACGUGGCCAAUCAUCCAGAAAGACGAGAGGACGACAUGUUAAUCUACAAUUUUGUAUCGAGUGUGGAAGCUCCGCUAACUUGGGGAGAAUAUUGUGAAACAAACUUGAAACAUGGCGUUGAAUAUCCCUUUAGUACUUCUAUUUGGUACUUGUCCUUUCGAAUGAACAAGAGUAAGAUAAUGCAUCAAAUUUCUGUAAUAAUCCUACAUUUGUUGCCUGCAAUAUUGGUCGACGCCGUGUGCAUCUCUACAGGGAAUAAGCCCAGGAUGUGGAAGGGAUAUCAGAAGAUUCACAAGUUUACCAAUGUAAUCGCAUAUUUCUGCACGAGGGAGUGGCAGUUUAGAAAUGACAAUGUCCAAGCUAUGUGGCGGCGUUUGGAUGCUAAAGAUCAGCAAAUCUUCAAGUUCUCCAUGAGAAACUUUAACUGGCAGGCGUAUUUUUGUAACUAUAUUCAAGGUAUCAGAGUUUACCUCAUGAAAGACGACCUGAGCACUUUGGAAAGCAGUAGGACGAAAUGGAGAAGACUUUACUGGAUGCAUCAAGUUCUGAAGGUACUCAUAUUUUUCAUGGGUGCUUGGAUGUUACGUAGAUUAUUCUCAGUAUUUGUUUGACUGGAAAUAUAACCUGAACUGUGAGGAUUGUCUAUAGGUCGGAUCUUUCGUUGGAUCAACACGAUGUUAAUUUUUCCUGUUGUAAAUAAUAGCAAUAAUCUAGUGUCCGUUACGUGUUGUUAAUAAUGAUCGUCGUUCCUGAACUUUCAUGGUGGAAGGCCUUUUGUAAAUGCUUCAAGAUUGGCAUCCGGUGUGCGAUAAGAACGAUGUGCAAGAAAAUGUACAUGUUACAAAUUUAAUUUUAUAUANGUUUAACUUCGUCAAUAAUUAAGACGACUAUUUACCGAUAUUCGGCGAAAUGACUUUCAAAAAGAACGUGCCAUGUAACAAUCAAAGACACACUUGUAACUUCUCAUUAACUCUACUUUAUAUUUUUGUACUCUGUAGAUUGAACAAAUAUGUCAUUACCAGUUAAUAAUCAAAUUAUUCCUUUUGUUAAUUAAUGGCACAUUAAUUUUGUUGCAUAUCAUCGUUAAUUAUAAAUAUUAUUACUCUGUUAAGCAAAUUGUUUGUUUAAUUAUCUAGAUAACUUGAAUACCUCUGGUUAUACCAAAAUAUUAUAUAAGUCCGUGCUGAUUCGUUUAUAUCUGGAUGUAAUGGCAAAUAUCAAUGUCGGGUAAACUGCUGGAUACAAUUGUGCUUAUCGUUAAUUCGAUUACAUUCACAAUUACUAUCAAAACCAGUUACAACCGUACUGAUCUCUGUCUGUAGUACUUUUGCAAGUUUAAUAUUUGUUUAUGUAAUAGGGAAUACAACAAAAUGGUGCAUGCAGUGAUUCGUUUGCGCGAUAUGAAAUAUAUUCAGUAUAGCGCGCAAAAAAUAUACACACCAGUCAUUUGUAUGUAAAACACAUUUUUUUCUUAUGUGUAUGAGAUGACUCAAAUGUUAUUCCUAGUAAAAUUGUAGUAUUGCGGAAAA